AUGCGACAAGCUGCUGCAGCUGCUAGUGGCGCCGCCCGCGCUGCCCGCGCACCCGCAGCCGCUCAACAUCGCGCAGGACGUCUUCACCUGCCUUGCGCACAUCUUCACCGAGAUCACCGUACGUUCUUCCUGUACCUAUCAGAGCUGCCGACAGCUGUAGUGCAGGUGUUGGCUCGCUACCUGGCAUUAGUAUGCGACAAGCUGCUGCAGGUGCUGGCGGCGCCGCCCGCGCUGCCCGCGCACCCGCAGCCGCUCAACAUCGCGCAGGACGUCUUCACCUGCCUUGCGCACAUCUUCACCGAGAUCACCAACAUGAACGAGGGCGCGUCGUGCGACUCGCACGGGCGCAGCAGCCUGAUCACGAGCUACGUGCAGUUCCAGUGCACGCUGCCGCGGCCCUCGCUCGCCGACACCGACAUCGGCCUGCCGCUGCCGCCCUCCGUGCUGAGCGACGGGUCGUGCAAGGUGGUGCACGAGGAGCUGGCGCUGCAGUGGGUGGUAGCCAGCGGGCACACGCGCGACCUCGCCAUGCACAACUCCUGGGCGCUGUUCGAGCUGAUGGUGAAGUCGAUGGUGGAGUACCUGUACUGGAGUGGGGCACACGAGGCCCCCCGCAAGGCGCGCUUCCCCGAUCACUUCACCGACGAUCUCACCACGCUCGUCAACAACGUCACCUCCGAGAUUAUCUCCAGCUAUGGCAAGAACAGCCGGCUGACGCAGAGCCUGAACAACAGCCUGGCGUUCUUCCUGUUCGACCUGCUGAGCGUGAUGGACCGCGGCUACGUGCUGGGGCUGGUGCGCGGCUACCACAAGCAGAUGAGCGCCAAGAUCGCCUCGCUGCCCGACGCCGUGCCGCUCGUGCACUACAAGCUGUCGUUCCUACGCAUCGUGUGCUCGCACGAGCACUACGUGUCGCUGUGCCUGCCGGCGGGCGGGGAGGAGGCGGCCGAGUGCGCAGGGGCUGGCAGCGGGACUUGCGAGGGGCGCGGGGGCGGGGGCGCGUCUCCGCGCUCGGGCUCCACGUGUCCGGCCGCGGCGCUGGCGUUGGGCGCGGACUUCCGCUCCCGACACUAUCUGGCUGGCCUCUUGCUGGCCGACCUCACUGCCGCGCUCGAGUUACAGAGCCCGGCGCUGCAGUGUGGCGCGGUGAGCGCGCUGCUGUGGCUGCUGAGCGCGCACGAUGCAGACCCGCGGCUGCGCGCGCCGGCGCUGAAGGCGCGCGUGGCGGCGCUGUACCUGCCGCUGCUGGGCAUCGUGCUGGACGCGCUGCCGCAGCUGCACCGCCCCGCGCACAAGGAGAAAGAAACACUUCAACUAGACGGUGAAUUGAGUCAGUUCGGAAAUUUCUACUCGAUGUCGUCUCCUGAAGAUUUCAAACAGAACGGGCGGGCGCCGUUCAACAGCGAGACGAGCCGCAACCUGCUGAUGUGCCUCGCCUGGCUGCUCAAGUGGACGCAGCGCGACGUGCUGGCCGCCUGCCUGGCCGAGCUGCCGCCCGCGCGCCUGUACGCGCUGCUGGCGCUGCUCGACCUCUGCUUCAAGUGCCACGAGUACACGGGUCGUAAAGAAAUACUCAAGUGUGCUCAACAAAACGUCCGCAAGACAACUGACAUCAAAGCGAAGCUAGAAGAUGUCAUACUUGGACAGGGUUCUGCUCGCUCCGACUUCAUUAUGAGGCGUAAAGGUGGGUCUAGCGGGCGCAGCGCGGUGAUGUCGCGUGGCGGGCGCGAGCGCUGGCGCAAGGAGUGGGUGCGUGGCGGCGGCGCACGCUCACGACCCGCAUCCCCCGCCCGCCCUCCGCCCGCGCUGGCGGCCGCGCUCGCCGCCGAGCUCGCGCUGGCGCUGCUGCACGCGCUAGAGACCGUCGUGCAGUCGGUGAGCGGGCUGGAGUGGGGGCAACAGGCGUGCGGCGCGGCGCUGGGAGUGCUGCUUCGCGCGCUGCAGCGUAACCAGAGCGCCGCCGUGCUGCAGCACAUGUUCGCCUCCGUGCGCGCGCUCAUCGUCAAGUUAGGAUGGUCAUGCUGCGGUGAAGAGUCUGGGAUUUGUCGUGUGCUACUGCGCCACUGCGCUGCGUUAACUGCUACAACGCGGGCGCAUGCAUCCGCUACGCUGUACGCCCUCAUGAGACAACACUAUCAACUAGGCAAUAAUUUCAGUCGAGUGAAGAUGCAGGUGACGAUGUCGCUCUCAUCUCUCGUGGGCACGUCUACAACCUUUAGCGAAGAAGCGUUACGACGAGCCUUGAAAACUGUACUAGUAUAUGCUGAACGAGACGUCGAACUGCAAGACACUUCAUUUCCUGAACAGGUUAAAGACCUCGUGUUCAACCUGCACAUGAUCCUAAGCGACACUGUCAAAAUGAAAGAAUUCCAGCAAGACCCGGAGAUGCUACUUGACCUGAUGCAUCGAAUCGCUCGCGGCUACCAACAUAGCCCGGACCUUCGUCUCACCUGGCUUAACAACAUGGCGCAAAAGCAUAUGGAGCGGUCUAACCACCUGGAGGCGGGUAUGUGUCUGGUGCACGGCGCAGCGCUCGCUGCAGAGCAGCUGUGCACGGGCGGGCGCGGUGCGGCGCUGCUGCAGCGCGUCACGCACAACGCGCUGGACGAGAGCUGCGCCGACGUGCUGCACCACCACCUCACGCAGCAGGAGCUGCAGGCGCUUCUGGAACACGCCGCGAGUGAGCUGAUGACCGCCGGCAUGUACGAGACUGUCAACGAAGUGUAUAAAGUGCUCAUUCCGAUCGCUGAAGAACAUCGCGACUACAAAAAACUUGCCAACAUUCAUGGCAAACUAAAUGAAGCGUUUACACGGAUCGAGCAGCUGCACGGCAAACGAGUGUUCGGAACGUACUUCCGAGUGUCGUUCUACGGCGCACGGUUUGGCGACCUUAACGGCGAGGAGUUUAUAUACAAGGAACAUGCGCUCACCAAACUGCCGGAGAUCUUCAGCAGACUGGAGAAUUUUUACGGGUCACGUUUCGGGACUGAAAACGUGGUGAUCAUAAAAGACUCCAACAUCGUGGACCCGAGCUCGCUGGACCCCGACAAGGCGUAUAUCCAGAUCACGUACGUGGAGCCCUACUUCGAGCCGCACGAGCUGCGCAAGCGGCUCACGCACUACGAAAGGAACUACAACAUAAAGCGAUUCAUGUACGCGACGCCGUUCACGGUGGGCGGGCGCGCGCACGGUUCGCUGGCGGAGCAGUGCAAGCGCAAGACCAUCCUCACCACCGCGCACCACUUCCCUUACGUCAAGACGCGCAUACAGGUCGUACAGCGCACACAGAUAAUCCUUUCCCCCAUCGAAGUGGCCAUUGAAGAUAUACAGAAAAAGAUCGCAGAACUAGCAGCGGCCACAUCUCAGGAGCCUGCCGACCCCAAAAUGCUGCAAAUGGUGGUGCAGGGCUGUAUAGGCACCACUGUGAACCAGGGCCCGCUCGAACUUGCACAGGUGUUCCUGGCGCCAGUGGCAGAAGGUAAACAACCGCCCACGCGGCUUACAAACAAACUGCGUCUCGCUUUUAAGGAUUUUUCCAAAAAAUGCCACGAUGCGCUGCGCAAGAACAAGAACCUGAUCGGCAGCGACCAGCGUGAGUAUCAGCGCGAGCUCGAGCGCAACUUCGCGCGCUUCACCGAGCGCCUAGCGCCGCUCGUGCAGCACGCGCCCGGACACGUCGCGCAGCUCAGCAACGGACUGAGCAAGCAUGACUACAAAUAUCAAGCAUAA